AUGUCCGGCUCUCGUUGCCAAACACUGUACCCCUUCACAGGGGAGCGGCACCGUCAGGGGCUUCGCUUCGACGCCGGAGAGGUGCUCACGGUGCUGCAAGUCCCUGACGGGGGCUGGUGGGAAGGGCAGAAAGAGGACGGACUCCGUGGCUGGUUCCCCGCAAGCUAUGUGCAAUUGUUAGAGAAGCCUGGAAUGGUUCCCCCCCAGCCUACAGAAGAGAGUCAGACUUACUUAUUGCCGCCUGGCUGGCAGAGCUACCUGUCUCCUCAGGGACGCCGAUAUUAUGUCAAUACAACCACCAGUGAGACUACAUGGGAGCGGCCCAAGGGUUCUUCUCAGACCCCAUCCAGCCCUGGCCCUCAGAGGAACUUUCAGCCUGCAGCAGUGAACGGCUACCAUUCAUCAGGGACCCCAGUGCAUCAGUCAGAGCCUGUCCACAUGAGUCUCCGAAAACCUACUGGUGAUUUCCAGAACCCAGGGUCUCCAUCGCCAGGCAAGAAACAGAGCAAGGAAAGCACCAUCACAAUAAACUGUGUGACUUUCCCACAUCCAGAUACAAUGCCAGAGCAACAGCUAUUGAAACCUACUGAAUGGAGUUACUGUGAUUACUUCUGGGCUGAUAAGAAGGAUCCCCAAGGCAAUGGCACUGUGGCUGGGUUUGAGAUUCUUCUUCAAAAACAACUGAAAGGCAAACAGAUGCAAAAGGAAAUGUCAGAAUUCAUUAGGGAAAGAAUUAAGAUUGAAGAAGAAUAUGCCAAGAAUUUAGCCAAGCUCUCUCAGAAUUCCUUGGCAGCUCAGGAAGAAGGCUCCCUAGGAGAGGCCUGGGCCCAGGUGAAGAAAAGUCUGGCUGAUGAGGCAGAAGUCCAUCUCAAGUUUUCUUCCAAGCUCCACAGUGAAGUGGAAAAGCCCCUGAUGAACUUCAGAGAAAAUUUCAAGAAAGACAUGAAAAAAUGUGACCAUCACAUUGCUGAUCUGCGGAAACAACUGGCCAGCCGAUAUGCCUCAGUAGAGAAGGCACGGAAGGCCCUUACAGAGAGGCAGAAAGAUCUGGAGAUGAAAACCCAGCAACUAGAAAUCAAACUUAGCAACAAAACAGAAGAGGACAUUAAGAAAGCCAGGAGGAAGUCUACACAGGCUGGAGAUGAUCUGAUGCGCUGUGUGGAUCUCUAUAAUCAGGCCCAGUCUAAAUGGUUUGAAGAGAUGGUGACAACCACCUUGGAACUCGAGAGACUGGAGGUGGAACGGGUAGAGAUGAUUCGACAACAUCUGUGCCAAUACACACAGCUGCGGCAUGAGACAGACAUGUUCAACCAAAGUACAGUAGAACCUGUGGAUCAACUCCUUCGGAAAGUGGAUCCUGCUAAAGACAGAGAGCUGUGGGUAAAAGAACACAAAACUGGAGAUAUCCGACCUGUGGAUAUGGAAAUCUAG